AAGCAAUCAUUUCUCUUUCUCUCUGUCUGCAUUCUUGCAGUCAUUGCGAAGUACCAAGUGAGCUGUGAUUGGUCACAGCUUGUCACAUGGUACAAGGCUGUUGUGAAUAGCCUUGUACCAUGUGACCUCUGUGAUCAUUCACAGAUUUCACACGUAGUAAGCAAUGAUGUCACAAGUGACAUCUUGCUUACUACUUUGCAUGUGAUCACUGAUUCGCCAAUCAAUGAUCACAUGAUCGGGACUCCUGACAGGGACCUCGUACAGAGGUCC